CUGAAUUGACGCAUAAAUUCUGACGGAGAGGCUGAAGAGGAGUGGAUCAUCCCCUCACUGUUUUGGCAGAAUUUUUGUACGGUGGAAUGGAAGUUGAAGCGCGGCGUCUCCAUCCGUUUCCUACGCAGAUUCGGAGUAACAGAGAUUUGGGGAUGAACAGUGUGGAAGGCGGUGGAAAUAUGUUUGGCGGUCAGAUUGGGUAUGGAAUGAUGCCUCAGAUGGAAGUUUCCGUUCCGGUUUACGGUUCGGCGGCGGCGGCGAUGGCUGCAAUAGCUAAUAAUCCGGCGGAAACUCCGGUGGUGAAGUCGGAUUGCGUAUUAAUCAACGCUCCGAGGAAGCGAACCAGAGAAGAAAUCAAUACUCUGCUGUCGUCGUCGUUCCCCAGCGACGCUCAGAAUCGAAAUGCGUGUCAAGUACGUGGACUCUUCACUUUCCUUGGCGAAGAUAUCUCGCGUCAGAUGCAGCAGCAGCAAUUGGAGAUUGAUCUGUUCAUCGCUCUACACAACAAAAAGGUGAGAACGGAAAUCAAAGAUCGGCGGAAGAGAUACUGCCAAGGAAUCGCCGCGGCGCUAGAACAGACGAUAAUUAAGAAACUGAAAGCAAAGGACGACGAAAUCGAGAAGAUCGGAAAGCUCAACUGCGCGCUCGAAGACCGAUUGAAAUCUCUGUACGUCGAAAAUCAAAUAUGGCGAGAUUUGGCUCAAACUACCGAAGCAACCGCCAACGCUCUCCGAUCCAAUCUAGCGCAACUCCUCGCUCAAGUCCAAACCGCACAACCGCCUCUCUCCGCCGGCGACGACGACGCACAGUCAUGCUGCGGCAGCAACUUCAAAUCAAGCGACAACAACGAUCGGAACAAGUGCAGAAAGUGCGAGAAGGAUGAAUCGUGCGUACUGCUGUUACCUUGCAGGCAUCUCUGCCUCUGCAACGCCUGCGGAUCCACUCUGCAGACAUGCCCCGUCUGCAACGUCACCAGAACCGGCAGCGUUCACCACGGAAGCGCAGGGCAGAGAAUCGGAGGAUAGAGAUUAUUGUGACAGAGACAAGGCGGAGGAGGAUAGGAUCAUCCGUCAAAUCCCGCCACAGCUUUGUGUACUUCGAUUUUGGGGAAUUGUAGAAAUUACAGGUACGUUUUUACUUCCAACUGUAAUUUCCGCACCAUUGCGUACUGUAGAGUAGAGGAAACACUGUCUCUUCUGUCCCUUUCGUGGACAGCCUCAGCAUACAGUGUUUUAUGGUAAUGCGGUUCGUGUGA